GAUUCAAACUUAGGGACUGUUACGUAACUUCAUCGCAACACAAACUUCAAAACCCCAGCUCAGUCCUUUGUCCACGUCAUCGAUCCUUGUGACCCCAACUAAAACGUCGUUCGCCGUCGGAUCAUAACACAAACUUGCAAUCCCCAACCGUCGGAUCUCCCUUCUGCAUCCUCCUCCCUUUUUCCCUCGAUCCGAUCGUCAAGAAAACCCACCUUUUAAAUCCUUCCCCUCUUUCCUCAUCAUCUGUGCCUGAACUUCCCACCAAACCAAAAACAGUUUCUCUCUACUUCUCUAUUAAACGGUCUCAGUCUCAAUCUCUCAGCCAUUUUUCUCCACAGAACGCUGCCAUGGCCACUGAGAACUCCGAAAACCCUCCGGCACCGCCUCCGCCAGCUCCCUCUCUCCCGCAGUAUACAGAGAUGAUUAUGGCGGCGAUCGAGGCCCUGAACGACAGCAACGGGUCUAACAAGUCGGCAAUCGCAACGUACAUCGAGUCCACGUACGGCGAUCUACCUCCGGCUCACGCCACACUUCUGGCGCACCACCUCAACAAGAUGAAACAGAGCGGCGAGCUCGUCCUGGUCAAGAACAACUACAUGAAGCCAGACCCGAACGCGCCGCCCAAGAGAGGCAGAGGCCGUCCUCCCAAGCCCAAGGUCCCGCUCCCACCUGGAACCGUUGUCUCGCCUCCCAGGCCACGUGGCAGGCCCCCGAAGCCCAGAGACCCGUUCUCUCCGCAAGCGGAGCCCAAGAGCCCUUCUGGGACUGGAAGGCCACGUGGACGCCCUCCCAAGAAGGCCAAAACGGCAUCGGCUCCUCCUCAGGCUCCAGCUCCGGCUCCGGCUACUGGCGCGCCCAGAGGUAGAGGCAGGCCUCCUAAAGUGAAGCCCGCUGUGGCCCCGGUCGGCUGUUGAGUUUAGCUCAGCUCAGAUAGUGAGAAAGAGGGAGGGAGUGUUAAUUUUUAUUUAAUUUAAUUUAAUUUUAGGUGUGUUUAGAAUUUAGUUUCCGGAUGAUCGAUGGUUUAGUUUUUAAAUUUUUUUUUUAAAAUGUAGUAUGUGGUUGGUUGGAGCUGUGAGGUUGGGGGUGGUCUUAUCAAAAUGUGACUGUAAUUGCCAUGUAAAUUGUUUAGCGGCUACUUAGGCUUUUCUGCCUUUUGCCUCUCUGGCUACAAAAGGGGGUUAAUUAAAAUGAGGCUGAUUCUGAUUACUUUAUCA